UCGUUUCAUAGACUAACAAAAUCCAACGGUUGUGUUUGCAUUUCUAAAUCAAACGGUAACUGGAAGGUUGGCACACUCGUGGGUCGUGGCACUGAAAUGGGGUGGGAUUGAAGUCGAUUCUUGAUAACAAAAAAUUGGGAAAAGAAAGGAAAAUUAGUAGACAAAUCCUCAUGCGAAGAGCUGUUCUAGUCAAUAAGCGCCUCGCUCUCUUGAAGUCGUCUGUUACACUUAAGUACUCGAAUCUCUCUGGUCAUAUCCUCUCCAAGCCCGAAAAAACUCGCAAAGCAACUGACAAAUUCCUUGUAUUCUGCAAUUACCAGAUCACAAAGAAUGGAAGAAGCGGUGACAUUAAGGAAUCGGAGUCAAUAUUCAAUCGCAUGUCUCACAAGAAUACCAUUUCGUGGACUGCCAUGCUAACUGCGUAUUACCAGAAUGGCAAGAUUUCGGAAGCACGUAAGGUGUUCGAUGAAAUGCCUGAGCGAAGCGUUGCUUCAUACAAUGCCAUGAUUACAGCUUAUGUACAGAACAGAUGUAUGAUAGAAGAGGCUUUUGAGUUGUUUGAUAAGAUGCCUGAGCGAAAUGCCGUGUCUUAUGCGGUCAUGAUCACGGGGUUUGUUCGGGCAAGAUUGUUUGGGAAGGCAGAGGAGGUGUAUGAUGAAACACCGGUGAAGUGUCGAGACCCAGUUUGUUCGAAUACUUUACUAAACGGGUAUUUGAAAGAGGGAAGAUUGGAAGAAGCGGUUCGGAUUUUUAAGGGAAUGGGAGAGAGAGAUGUGGUUUCUUGGAGCUCUAUGGUUGAUGGGUACUGCAAGGAUGGGAGGAUCAUAGAUGCUAGAGAAUUAUUUGACAGGAUGCCUGAGAAGAAUGUGGUUACUUGGACAGCGAUGAUUAAUGGGUAUAUGAAGAUAGGAAAAUUUGACGAUGGGUUUGGUUUGUUCCUGAGUAUGAGAAGGGAAACAGUUCUGGCAGUCAAUGCUACAACAAUGACUACUCUUUCUGAAGCCUGUGGCAGCUUUGACAGAUAUCUAGAGGGCAUUCAGAUGCAUGGCUUGGUUUCCCGCAUGGGGUUCGAAUUUGAUGUUUACUUAGGCAACUCAAUCAUAACUAUGUAUUCUAGAUUCGGUUGUAUAGAUGCAGCUAACAUGAUCUUUCAUAUGAUGAGCAAGAAAGACCUGGUUUCUUGGAAUUCCUUGAUUGCUGGUCAUGUUCAGCAUGGUGAAAUUGAGGAAGCUUAUGAAAUUUUUCAAAAGGCACCAGAAAAGGAUUCUUUUUCUUGGACAACCAUGAUCACAGGUUUUUCUAGAAAACGGAAUACUGGGAAAUCCAUCCAAUUGUUUAGAAUGAUGCCUGAAAGAGAUGAUGUUGCUUGGACUGCUCUAAUUUCAGGGUUUGUGAAUAAUGAAGAGUACGAGGAGGCUUUUGAUAUGUUUAUUGAGAUGCUCCAGAAAGCAGUAAAGCCAAACCCCCUUACUUUGAGCAGUAUACUCAGUGCUUCAGCUGACUUGGCAACCCUAAAUCAAGGGUUGCAGAUCCAUGCUCUUGUGGUGAAGAUGGACAUGGAAAACGAUUUGUCUAUUCAAAAUUCAUUAGUUUCAAUGUAUUCGAAAUGUGGAGAUGUGAAUGCUGCCUAUCGAAUCUUUACAGAUAUCAGAAUGCAAAAUAUAAUAUCUUUUAACUCAAUGAUCACUGGGUUUUCCCAGAAUGGCUAUGGAGAAGAAGCUCUUAAAUUAUUUAAGAAAAUGCAGAACAAAGGCCAGGAGCCAAACCAGAUAACCUUUCUAGGAGUUCUAUCAGCUUGCAGUCAUGUAGGGCUGGUAGAAGAUGGAUGGAAAUAUUUCAAAUUGAUGAAAUCUUUAUAUGAUAUUGAACCAGUGCCUGAUCACUAUGCAUGCAUGGUUGAUCUCUUUGGUCGAGCAGGAAUGCUGGAAGAAGCAAAUGAUUUGAUCAACUCAAUGCCUUUUGAACCUGGGCCUGGGGUUUGGGGAGCUCUUCUUGGGGCAGCCAGAACUCACUCACAUCUUGAUCUUGCUAAGCUUGCAGCUGAACACAUUAUUACGUUGGAGCCUAAUAGUGCAACCCCAUAUGUAGUCUUGUCUAAUUUAUAUAACAUGGCAGGGGAAAAGUAUAAAGAAGACCAAGUAAGAAUGAUGCAGAACUCAAAGAGGAUAAGAAAAAGUCCAGGUUGCAGUUGGAUUAUAGUGAAAGAUGAGGUUCAUUUGUUUCUUGCAGGGGACCAAUUUCAUGCAAACUUUGAGGACGUGAAAACUCCACUAUGGACAAUGGCAAUGGAGAUGAGAGAGUUGGACUUUCAUGGACAACAUUACCACCUAUUUUUGUGAAGACCAUAGAUACGAUGGUUUGUAUAGGAUCCUUACGAUAAUUCAAGUUUUGUUCAGCAGGGCUCAGUGUGGUGGGAAACAGAGAGUCAUUAGAGGCUUUGGCUUCCAUCAAGAGUUUUAGGCUUCAAGAAGGUGCAUAGAAGAAAGCUGCUAGGAGGCGAUGCUUAAAUCCUUAGUGAGCUUUAUGCCAGACGUUCACCUUCCAUACUGCUGCAAGACAUCCCACAGAUUCAAGUAUACCGUCCAAAUGUUUUUGAGACCAGGGGCAAUGAUCUGUUGGCUAGUGACUAGUGAGGGUCCCCUCUUUUGUAAGUUAUCGACGGUUUAAAUUUUAUAUCUUAAACAACCUCUCAGUGGAAGAAAGCAACCUUAGGAGGACCUAUUGACUUCUAGAUGCAGUACCAGGGGAAUUUGGGGCCAUCAUAGGUGUAAUUAUUUUUGAGAAUUUCAUUGGCUAGACUGUUGUAAUAACUGUCUUGUGAUAGUUUAGCUCUUAGCUCUUCCUUGGGCCCUUUCAAUAAAUUUCUUUUGGACUCAGAAGAAGAAAAUUUCUUUGUAAUCUGAAUCGACAUGGUGUAAUUAUUUUUGUGACUAAUAUGAUGUCUGAUUUUGCA